GCCCCUCAGGUCUAUUACGAUCCACAUACACGAAAGCUCCCAGAAUCCUCGACCGGCCGCAUACUCCAAGUAUGGUUAGGUUUUCUGCUCGAACCAAGGAUGGUGAAGUGAAUACGGUGACGUUAAAGAAGGAAAUUGGCAUAUUGCAAGGCGUCAGUAUUGUUAUCGGACUUAUUAUCGGCUCCGGAAUAUUCGUAUCACCCGUUGGUGUCCUAAGGAAUACUCGUUCUGUCGGACUUUCAUUUGUUAUGUGGGUUAUAACGGGGCUAGUAAGUGCCCUUGGAGCAAUCGUCUACGCAGAAUUGGGCGUUACAAUACAGAAAUCUGGUGGAGAAUACAUUUAUUUACUUGAUACCUUUGGUCCAUUUCUGGCGUUUAUGGCCUUAUGGAUCACAUUUGUCCUUAUUGGGACGGUUAGCUGCGCAGUAAACUCUAUCGUGUUCGCACAGUACAUACUGCGUCCAUUCUUUUUUACUUGUGAUAUCCCGAAAUCUGCUCUACAAACUGUCGCAGUUCUCGCUCUACUGACCCUCUGUUUUGUCAACUGCUAUCGUGUAUCCUGGGCCACCAAACUUGCUGUCGUUUUCACCAUAUGCAAAGUCGCUGCAUUACUACUUAUUGUCGGCUUCGGUUGUUAUUAUUUGGCUCGAGGAAGUGUGAGCAGCUUCAGCGAUCCAUUCGAAGAUAGUGCGACCUCACCUGGUGCGCUAGCAAAUGCAUUUUAUCAAGGAUUUUGGGCGUUUUCUGGAUGGAAUUGUCUGAAUUUCCUCACCGGCGAAAUGAAGAAUCCUGCUCGGAAUCUACCCAUCGUCAUAAUGUUAUCGUUGUUCAUCGUCACCUCCGUGUACAUACUUGCAAAUGUUGCCUAUUUGGCUGUGCUGUCGCCAUUCGAGGUCUUGGCAUCCGGUGAAGGAUCUGCUGCUAUAGCUGUGGUG